GUUCGAUUCGCAUGUCCAUCAAACAGUUCUUACCAAUUGAUACGUUCAUAGUAAACUUCUAAUAGUUCGAAGCUAGAGAAAUGCUGAGUCGAACUUCUUUCACACUGCUGCUCAUUGGCUUGAUGGUAUCCGAGUUCUUAAUCGGGGAUGUGAGCGGAGCACCACCCGGGAGGAACGUAAACGAAAAAGACAUGUAUGGAGAGACAGCUCUGCAUAGAGCUGCUUUUGCUGGCAAAGUGAAGGAAGCUGAAGACCUCAUCACUGAAGGAGCCGACCCUAAUAUUGGAAAUAAUUUUAAUGAGACAGCUCUGCAUUAUGCUGCUAAGAAAGGUCACAAGAGUGUCGCCGAACUUCUCAUCCGCAAAGGCGCCAAUCUUGAUAGUGAAACCAUUACGAAAGAGACACCUCUUCAUUGUGCUGCUGCCCAUGGUCACGGAAGUGUCGCUGAUGUGCUUCUCAAGAAUGGAGCUAACGCUAAUAUUGGAAAUGAUUUGAAUACCACAGCUCUUCAUUUAGCUGCUGACUAUGGUCACAAGAGUGUCGCCGAACUGCUCAUCCACAAAGGAGCCAAUGUUGAUAGUGAAACUAAUAGGAAAGAGACACCGCUUCAUAAUGCUGCUGCCCAUGGUCAGAAGAGUGUCGCCGAACUUCUCAUCCACAAAGGAGCCAAUGUUGAUAGUGAAACUAAUAGGAAACAGACACCUCUUCAUUAUGCUGCUGCCCAUGGUAAUUUUGAAUACUUUUUUCGAGUUCUAUGCGCAUUAGUUUUGCUUAGCAGCAAGCAUUGAAUAUGCUUCGGCCAAUAGACAAGCAUAUCGCGAUACAACUGCCGCGCACACAACUAUCGUGCAAACAAACGUCGCAUGUACAGCCAUCGCAACCAACUCACACACAAAACCGA